UUACAAUCCAAGAUGGCGGCUUCCAUUCAUCAAAUUUUAUCCAAGUCAAACUAAGACUAAGUUAGUCAGAAUUAACUGUAUGAAUGAAAUGUAAAUCGUUUACAUCAUAAAAUAAUGAAACAACAUAAGGAAAAAUAUGGGGACAGUCGGAAGCUUGAUUCAGAUUAGAUGAGUAUGGACAUAUUUAAUUUUCUCUUUUGAGGUGAAAGAGAUAUUUGGAAAUAUGAUGGAUUGUCGAAGACGCCUAGCAGGCAAACAGGGUUUUUUCCCCUGGCUACAACAAGUGAAGCUUUCAAGACUUGUUAUUAUCAUAUUUGUUGUCUUCAUUUGUAUAUUUCUAAUUGUACAUCACUUCCUGUCUGACUUGAGCCCUGUUGGAGAAUCUCCUGCAGGUCAUAGGUCAAGGUUGAAACUUGAUCACUAUGGUGAGGAUGAAAGGUUAUUCACGGCACCUAAUCUGAGUGAUGAGAUUAGGAAAUUGUCAAAGAUUAAAGCAUCUGUGAACAAUGAGCUCCGUGAAAUGGAGAGUAAACGUCAAACCUUACAAACUCAAAUAUCAAGAUAUCAGAUGGAAUUGGAACAUUUACAUAAUGUCAAAGACACACUGGAAAGGGAGAUCAAGUUAACAAAGUUGAAUUUGGAUCAGUUGAAAAUUCAAAAAGAGGAAUUAGAUGAAAAGUAUGUUCCUAUUCUACGCGCGCCACAGAAAAUUCUCCUGGGACAAGAGUCGGGUGUUGACGUCUCUCCUCCGAACACUUCAUCAAACUGUCGGAUGUUCUCCUGCUUUGACUACUCGCGGUGUUCUCUUCUUUCAGGCUUCCCGGUGUAUGUGUAUGAUCUGAAACAGCUCAGAACACUGUCCUCAGUGGAGGAUUUCAUCAAUUCUUCAGUGUCUUUGGCUUUUAAAAAAUCUCCAUAUUUAACAAGUGACCCAAGUAAAGCUUGCAUUUUUAUAGUUGUCAUUGGACAAUUUCAAGAGUUGCAGGUGGUGAGCACAAAAGACAUGGAGAGUUUCCUACACAGUUUGCCCUACUGGCAUGGUGACGGACGCAACCAUAUUCUCAUCAACAUGAUGCGCAAUUAUAAAUCAACUGACAUAUUCGCAAAUGUCAAAACAGACCGAGCUAUUGUAGUGCAAUCAACAUUUUUAGAUACAAUUUUCAGACCGAAGUUUGACAUUGUCAUUCCACCAGCUCUAGGGAAUGCCGAUGGAGAUGUUUGGCAGGAUCUGCCAUUAGUGUCUCCUAUACGUAGAAAAUACUUUUUGUCUUUCUUGGGUCAAUACAAGGGCAUCAUUGCUCAAAAUAGUGCCAAAAUUGAAGGUGUGGAAAAAGUUUCUCAAGACUUGUCUGAAAAUAAUAUGUUAUCUAGCAUUGAAAGUGCCAUAGUCUCCUCAUUAAAAGAUAUAAAAAUUGCAGACUCAAAUGAAAUAUUAACUCAGUUUUCAUGCAAUUCGGUUGCUCCAGGGGCCAUUAACGGGGAAUGGAGCAUGUGUAGCACAGAAAUGCAAAGGAAAGAGACACUGACGCAGUCCACGUUUUCUCUUAUCAUUGCUCCAUCUAACAUUUCAUAUGUGUCAAGUACAAUUUUUCAGUUAAGGUUAUAUGAAUCUCUCAAAUACGGAGCCAUUCCUGUCAUAUUGGGAGAACAUGUUCAGUUACCAUACAGCGAAGUCCUAGAAUGGAAAGAAGCUGUCAUAAUCUUGCCAAAAGCCAGAUCAGCGGAAUUCUACUUCCUUUUGCGAACAUAUACUGAUAAUAACAUUGCUGCCAUGAGGCUGAAAGGAAGGUUUCUUUUUGAAAAUUAUUUCAGUUCAACGGUGAAAAUUGUCAACAGUCUUCUUGCCAUUUUGCGAACUCGUUUAAGUAUACCAGCAGCUCCUAUACAUGACGUUCCUUCUGUGAGUGUGUUCAAUGAUUCGUUUGUUCCCCUGGCCUUAGAGGGAUUUGAGGUGAAUCCAGAAACUGACGAGACUUUGGGUCCGGUGGAGUCUCCCUUUCCAUCUAUGAUCUUCAAGGAAAAUUUCACACAAUUUCUUAGCUAUCAGAGUUGGAAUAAGAUGGGACAGGUCUUCAAUAUGUUUCCAUAUGAUGCAGAAGAAAAGAUCCUUCCUUCUGAAGCUAAGUUUUUUGGAUCAGGAUUUGGAUUCAGACCCAUAGGUAAAGGAUGGGGAGGUGCAGGGAAGGAGUUUAGUGAGGCUCUUGGAGGGAACUUGGUCAGAGAACAGUUUACAAUUGUGAUGCUGACUUACAAAAGAGAACAGGUGUUAAUCAAUGCUCUUCAAAGGUUGAAAGGUCUGCCCUUCCUGAAUCAGGUCAUUGUAGUCUGGAAUAACCCCACUCCCCCCUCGGCUCUCAUAAGGUGGCCAGAAAUUGGUGUGCCUGUCAAGGUAUUAAAGAUGGAGAAGAACAGCCUCAACAACAGAUUCCUGCCAUUUAGCAGCAUCGAGACAGAGGCGAUACUCAGCAUUGAUGACGAUGCCCACUUAAGACAUGACGAAAUUGUCUUUGCAUUUCGAGUAUGGCGAGAGGAAAGGGAUAGAAUUGUAGGAUUUCCCGGAAGAUACCAUGCUUGGGAUGCUCAAAGUAAGGCAUGGUAUUACAAUGCCAACUACUCGUGUGAGCUCUCCAUGGUUUUAACAGGGGCUGCCUUCUUCCAUAAGAACUAUGCAUAUCUGUACACGCACAUCAUGCCUCAGGCCAUCAGGGACAAAGUAGACGAAUACAUCAACUGUGAAGAUAUAGCCAUGAACUUUCUUGUCUCGCAUAUCACUCGAAAACCUCCAAUGAAGGUGACUUCCCGCUGGACUUUCCGUUGCCCUGGAUGUCCGGAGACCCUGUCCAGUGACAUAGAGCACUUCACCGAGCGACACAAGUGCAUCAACUUCUUCGUCCAAGUCUACGGAUACAUGCCUCUCCUGUAUACACAGUACAGAGUCGACUCAGUGCUAUUCAAAACAAGGUUGCCUGUUGAAAAGCAGAAGUGUUUCAAGUUUAUAUGAUAGGAUCAAAUUAUUCAAGUUCCUAUGCAUUUUUGAAUAAAAGGGGCAUGGUCAGUACUCACAAUUUUUUUUCUUACUUUUUUUUUACUUUUCAAUGUUUAAGGAACCUGAAAUGCUCAGUUGAUUCCUUGUGUACUGGUAUAGGCAAUGGUACUCAGAAGACUGUUAUAGCCUGUGAGCCUCAUGUUAAAUACCGUACUAAGAUAUUUCUAAUGGUCACUCGUCAAGUUAUAAGCAAAAUACAGAGCUCAUAGUUCUUUGUUUUGUAAACAAAGCUCAUACCUUGCAUUGGAUAUACAGGCAAAGGCUUUGUUUUGUUUGUUGUUUUUUUUUUUAGAUUUUUCUACCUUUGAGUUUUAUAUGACCAUGUUUUAAAAGUUUAUUAGUGUUGUCUGCACUUCUUAUAUUGUUUGAAAAAUGUAUCUUUUCUUCCAUGACUUCUAUGUAAACAGAAACAUGGCACAAUCUGCGUUAACAUAUCAAAGAACUGUGAGCUCUGUUUCUCACUUAUUAGCGGUGAACUUGUGUUACAAUUCUGUCUGACCAUUGAAAAUACCUUUGUAAGCACUGUAAAUGUUUAAAUUUGAAAAGUAAAAUUUGAAGGAAAAAAUGUGACCUUUUUCCUAACAGAGCUAAGUUUAAUUUGACUGACGAUUUCUUACAGUCAAACAUUUUUGCUAUUUAAUUAGUGCAAACAUAUAGAAAAGUGACUUUGUAAUGUAAGGGUGAGUAGAAAAAAAUAAUGAAAUCAGAAAGUUGAUCUUCUUAUAUGUAAGAUCCAGUAUCCAGUAUCAAUGUCGAAUUUUUUACUUCAGCUUUAAUAAUUCAAAUGUGCCCCAUCAAGUUUAGGGAGGUACUUCAAGUUUUACCUGAUUUUGUGACAUUAUAGCAUUCAGAUUCAAGCAUAAUAAACUUUUGUUAAUUAACAAAAGCAAAAUGUUAUGUUUCAAUAUUAUAUCUAAUUAUAUUUAAUAUGGCCAGUGAAAAAUAUUGUAAAAUAUUUUUUUUAUGUUUGAAUUUUUUUCUCAUUAAAAUCAAUGAUAUUAAUGAUUUGUGAAAUUCUUAAAGAAGCAAGUGUUCAAACAUACAUGCCAACCAGUACCUAGAUCUGUUUUUUAAAACAGUCGUCAUAUUUUUAUCUUAUUUCACGACUGUAUUGUUAUCUAUUUUGCAGUAUAUAUUUCAUGAUCACUACGCACAGAAUACAAAAUUAAUAUACAAAUAUACCGGUAAUAGAAGAAAGUUUUUAUUACCAGUAAUUAGCUUCAUUUCAAAUAUUAUGAUAUUGAGUUGUAUGAUGAUAGCCCAUGUAAUCAAUUGGUGCUAUAUGCAUUUUGGAAUGAUUUCUAAUACUUCUGUGAUAUGCUUUUUAACUGUGGUUGUAUCCAUUUCAUUUUGUAUUACAUGUACUUCAUAUGUCAUGUAUUGUCAUUAUUUGUUAGCAUUACGAAUAGAGAAAAGAUCUCACAAAACCUACCAGUAUAUGUACAAAUGUAUUAUUGAUUUGAGAGUAACUCGACUGAUUAUUAUUUUUAGCUCACCUAUGCUGAAAGGCUCUAGUGAACUUUCUGAUUGCUUUUUGUCCAGCACCCAUCUGUCCAUCUCAUUCUGUCUACCUGUAAACUAUUUAAAAAAAUUUUUGACUACUUCCCCAGAACCACAUGGUCAAUUUCAAGCAAAUUUAGCACAAAAUAUCCUUAGGGAAGCAGAUUAACGUUUGUAAAAAUGAAAGGCCAUGCCCUCUUUCAAAGGGAGAUGCUAAAAAAUUGUUGUAUUGUUUUUUUUUUUAAAUCUUUUAAAAAGCCAUUUUGUUUUCAGAAAAGCUCUAACAUUUGUGGAAGCAUCCUUAUGUGGUGUAGAUUUAAGAUGUAAUGGUAAAAUUUAGAGAAAAUUUGAUGAUGUCUUUAUAAUAAAGAUCUUCUGUGCUAAAUUGCUUAGAUGGUGUGCAAGUGAAGGCAUAAAGCUGAUUAUCAGAGUUAUGGUUAUUGAGCUCAGAUGAGUGUUGUGGCCCAUGGGCCUCUUGUAAUACAAUGUCAUUUCCAUUUAUAUAUGAACAGUUACCCAUAGAUUUGUGCUUAAUUAUUUUGUUGUCAUACAUUGUGCAAAUACUGUGCUUUUAUUAAUAUUCAUGAGUAUUUAUUUAUGUGGAAUGUUUUUUAAACUGUUGUUUCUAGAAUAGUUUACAUUAAUAAUUUGUGAACAAUGGCUCCCAGUUUACAUUUUCUGGGUCUGUUUUUUUUUUUACUUCAAUGAACAUUUGAUUUGUUUUGCCGAACAAUGAAAUUCAAUAUGAAAGUUUAGAAGGAGAUCACUGAUAUUUUGCAGAGAUAUCAUAGAAAAUUUUACAUGACAGUUAAUAUGAAGAGAAUAAUGUUUUAAAAAUGUGUAUCGUUCGGUAAUAAUGGGUACUAGCACGUUACACCAGAAAAAUUUUUUUUUUAGUGUAUUUCCAAAAGGUAAAAAUUCUUAACGCACGCGGAGAUCAUAGUGAAGGCCAAUCGUCAGAAAUGAGAUUUUUAUCUAGUAUUUUGGGUAAAGUUUAAUAGAAUAUUUCUAAAACAGCAAAAACUUACACCAACGUUUGAUAAUGAACUUUCUUCCAGUUUGUACAUGUAUUUGUAGUGUUUCUUGUUUUUCUGUUAAGCUACAUACAUUGUAUAUGGAGGUUGGGGUAUUGGAAUUGACCCUGGGACAUAUUUGUUUGAACUGGACACCCAGAUUAAGGAAAUAUACACACUUUUAUUUAGAGACCUUGUAAGCAGUUUUUGAGAUAUUUUGAAAGACAAACAAAGAGGUGGAGCAUUGUCCAAUGAGGAGUAAAAAUGAAGCUCCUCGUGUAAAGGGUGCCUUCUUCUGCUAGCUUUAAUAUGCAUUGCAGAGCUGUUCUUAGGUUUAUUAUAAUGUUGCUUAAUACAGAGUUAAUUCCAUUCCUACAUGUAAUUGUUUAACUGAAAUUGCUUCAUGUUGUCAUAUUUCACAUCUUGGUUUGAAAUAAUGUUAACUUAUUCACAACAUUUUUAUAUUUAUGUACAAAACAUAUAAUUACAUGUAUUUAUACUUAUUUUGAGUUCACAUUAAAGGUUGCAAAUAUUC